AUGGCGGCUGAAGAAGCAUUGGGCAGAGAGUUGCAGCAAACGGAGCAAAAUGAGCAGGAGCAGCAAAAGGAGGGCAGCCAGCAGAAUCCAGGUGAGCAGGAAACUCAGAAGAAAGAGCAGCAGGGAGAAGAUUUGCAGCAGCAGGACCAGAAGCUGGAACAGCCGCUCCAGCAGCACGCAGGAGAAGAGCCCCAAGAACAACAUGAAAUGAAGGGGGAUCAGGAGUUGCAGCAAGAGAUGAAAGGCGAGCUGCAAGAGCAGCUGCAGGGACAUGGAGAAGAGGAGCAACUGCAGCAGCGUCAACAGGAAACGCCGCGGCAGUGCGACGAACAGCGACAGAUGCAACAGAAGAUGGAAGAGCAGCUAGAAAUACAGGAGGCACAGGAGCAGCACGAGCAGCAGCAAGGUCUGCUGCAGGCCGAAGGAAAGCAAGAGGGUACGACUGAGAAGCCGGAGCAACAUCAAAUCGAGGAUCUGCAGCAAGACGGGCAGCAGACCGGGCAGGAAGAGGAAUCACAGCAUCUGUCUGAGAAGAAACUGCAGAGGGAAAAACUGCAGCAACAGGAACAGCAACAGGAACAGCAACAGGAACAGGAGCAGGGGCAGAAGCAGGAACAGGAGCAAGAACAGGGAGAGGACCAGGGACAGGAACAGGAACAGGGACAGAAACGAGAAGAGCAGCAGGCGGAUGAACUGCUGCAGCAAGAUGAGCGACAGGAGCUUCGGCAACAGCAGCAAACAGAAAACAAAAGCCAGGAGCAGGAAAACCAGCAGCAACCAGAUAACGUUUUGCAACCAGAGUGCCAGCAGCGGGCAGAAGAACAGCAGCAGGGUGAACAGCAUCAGGCAGCCAAGGAUCAGUGCCAAAAAGAAGGAAAAGAAGAAAGACUGCAAGGGGGAAAAAAGCCAAAGAAGCAGCAGGAACUCCAGCAGCAACCGUACAAGCAGCAUCAGAAUGAUAAGCAACAAAAACCACAGCACGUCGAGAGGCAGCAAAUUGAGCAACGGCAGAGUGAGCAGCUGCAGCAGAAGCAGGGAAAGCAACAGCAGAGGCAGAGACUAGGUGAACAGAAGCAGCAAUUACAGGAUGUAAAUAGGCAAAAACAGCAGCAGCUGCAGCAUAGGUCGACGCUGAAGAGCAAGGAUGCAGGAAGAAAAGAGCAGCAGCAACAGCAGCAGCAGCAGCAGCAAGCACUUGAAGCAGCACCAGUAGCUAAAACAACCAUGGAUGUGCCCUCGGAAGAUGCAGGGGCUUCUGGGUCUCCCGUGUCUCCGCAGCAGCAGCAACAACAACAACAACAGCAGCAACAAAAGGAGCAUGAGCAGCAGCAGCAGGAACUUUUAGGAACGAAACGACUGAGCGAGGACUACAGUUUCCUCAUGUUUGGCUCGCGCAUCACCCUUGAUGACUUCGAUGGCUUUUCGGUGAUGGGCGACACUUUGAAACCGUCGCAGCAGCAACAGCAACAGCAACAGCAGCAGCAGCAGCGUGACAGCGGCAGCUAUUGGGUGGACCCUUUGAAGGAAAGGAGGCAGAAGAUGGCAGCGAGAAAAGCACUCGAGGCAGCAGACGGCGAACUCGGGUUUGCACUGAAACAAAUCAAGUGGAAGCACCGUUGUGUUCAACACGAAGUCCAGCUGCUGAGCCCAGAGGAAACGCGCACUUUGAGACAGCACCAUACGCCGAGUGCACGCCGGGCAGCCAACCGUCAACCUGCCUACAGAAGCCGGGGAUUGUCUCCACCUGCAACCAACCAGAGGCCAACGGAUAGGAGCCGCAAAAAUGAAACUCCAGAUGCCGUAGCAGCUCUUCGCCGCCUCAUGAUAGAGCUUCGCAAACGCGUGGCCGAGAUGCCGUCUGACCCGGGCGACCGCCAAGGUGCUUCAGAUAUCCCUUUAUCUUUUGAGCGGCUGAACGGAAGGCGUGUUGCCUCUUUUAAUAGCAGCAACAGUAUCAGCAGCAGCAGACAAGCGUCCAUGGGGCCUGGGCAAAACCCACAGGAGAGCAACAGUAGCAGCAGCAACAACACAAACACGGGCGCAUGCAGCGAGGGCGAGGAGCAGUCGGUUUUGAAUUUGAACGGCGACGAUGAAGCAACAUAUGCUUCUGCAGCAGCAGCAGCAGCAAACCAAGGGGAUCCAAGACACCCUGGGGCCCUUCCUGGGUUUGUUCACUGGCUAGCAAGGCUUGAAAUUUUAGAAGCACUCCGCUGUAUAUUCCACGAUGAUGCCUCCUUUUCGAUCAACAGCAGCGCCAAGAUAGAAGCCAUGCUGGUCCUGAAGGCUCUACUGAGGAGAUACAGACAGGAGAGGAGACAACAGCUGGCAAGCAGCGACGCCCCCGCUUCCAGUUCAGCUGGUGGUGUGGGCUGCGGGACGGCACGGGCCACGUGCAUUCCGGGACCUGGGGAGAAGCGGCCGAGGCGCAAGUCGUUGCGUUGA